GGCAGGGAGAGAGAGAGAGUACGCGGCAGAGAGAGAGAGAGAGAGUACUCGGCAGAGAGAGGGGGAGAGAGUACUCGGCAGAGAGAGGGAGAGACAGGCAUAGAGUGCUAGCAGCAGUCAAAGCGUCAAUGUGAACAGAACCUAGAUGAAAGACGAGGAAGAUUCCUACUGACAAUAAUCUGUUGGAUGAUUCUCUCUCCCAACUGAGCUGAGCGCUGAAUGUUCUUCUGACUGCUGUAUGGAUGAAUCACCUGUUUGUUCUUAUUAAGGCUAUUUCUCAGGCAUCGCUGGAGAUGCCCUUUUAUGUGCAUUGAGCUGGAGACAGAGCGCUGAGAACAGAAGGCACAGAGAGAGAGACACAUCCAACUGAGAAGAGCCCCCACUCUUCAAUUCACCCACCCACCCACCUACCCUUUACAUCAGAACAUUCUUCUCUCACCCUUUCCUGUCUUUCUAUCUCUCUCUCUCUCUCUAUCUCUCUCUCUAUCUAUCUCUCUCUCUCUCUCUCUCUCUCUCUCUGUUUCUCUCUGCCUUUCUGCAUAACGGUAUUACACUGUAUUUACUGAGGGUGAAAAGGAGGGAUUCUACCACCCAACAAUCCUCGCCAUGGGAGAUAAAGGCACAAGGGUAUUCAAAAAAGCAAGUCCCAAUGGAAAGCUCACAGUGUACCUGGGGAAGAGGGACUUUGUGGACCAUGUUGACCUGGUGGAACCCGUAGACGGUGUGGUGUUGAUAGAUCCGGAGUACCUGAAAGAGAGAAAAGUGUUUGUGACGUUGACAUGCGCCUUCCGUUAUGGACGUGAGGACUUGGAUGUUCUGGGCUUGACGUUUCGAAAGGACCUCUUCGUGGCCAACAUCCAGGCCUUCCCUCCAGUGCCAGAAGACAAAAAGAGGUUAACUCGCCUUCAAGAACGCCUGAUCAAAAAGCUUGGGGAACAUGCUCACCCUUUCACCUUUGAGAUUCCACUGAAUUUACCGUGCUCAGUCACCCUGCAGCCCGGACCGGAGGACACAGGGAAGGCCUGCGGGGUUGACUUUGAAGUCAAAGCUUUCUGCUCAGAAAACGUCCAAGACAAAAUACAUAAAAGGAACUCAGUGCGUCUGGUGAUCCGUAAGGUCCAGUACGCCCCAGAGAAGCCCGGCCCCCAGCCCAUGGCUGAGACCACCAGACAGUUCCUGAUGUCUGACAAGCCACUGCACCUUGAGGCCUCACUGGAUAAAGAGAUCUACUACCACGGGGAGCCUAUCAGUGUCAACGUUCACGUCACAAACAACACCAACAAGACAGUGAAGAAAAUGAAGAUUUCAGUGCGUCAGUAUGCAGACAUCUGCCUAUUCAACACAGCACAAUACAGAUGCCCGGUCGCUACAGAGGAGACAGAUGACGUGGUGGCUCCAAGUUCAACGUUUUGUAAAGUCUACACCCUCACCCCCUUCCUCAACAACAACCGGGAGAAGCGUGGUCUGGCAUUGGACGGGAAACUGAAACACGAGGACACAAACCUGGCUUCUAGUACAUUGUUAAGAGAGGGAGCCAACAAGGAGAUCCUGGGUAUCAUCGUAUCCUACAAAGUCAAAGUGAAGCUUGUUGUGUCUCGAGGCGGACUCUUAGGAGAUCUUGCAACAAGUUUCAUUUUCUUUUCCAGCGACGUCCAUGUUGAGCUCCCCUUUACGUUAAUGCAUCCCAAACCAAUCGAAGAUGCAAUCUACAGAGAUGCUGCGGACGAGGCGCCAAUAGACACAAACUUGAUAGAAUUUGACACAAACGACGAUGACAUCAUCUUUGAGGAUUUUGCGCGGCAGCGGCUGAUCGGAGCGAAAGACGAUGAGGAUGAGGAGGGUACAGACUCUCCCAAGCUGAACCACAGAUAGACGAGGGAGAUGGAAGCUGCUGUGUUGUUCCUGUGUUGUGGUACAGAGGAGCUACUGUGACUGGAGGAGAGAGGGAGACCCUUUAGAGUCCAGGGAGACCUUUUAAACACACUCACAGUGGUGCCGUUGUCCUGUUCUUGUUCACAUUCGUCUUCUCCAUACAGCAAGGAUGUUAGAGAGAAAGUGUAGAGGAAAUGAGACCUAGGUGUGGUUUGAGGGGGGGUGGACCGUGAGGCCUAGUCGUGGUGUGGUUUGAGGGGAGUGGACCGUGAGGCCUAGUCGUGGUGUGGUUUGAGGGGAGUGGACCUUGAGGCCUAGGUGUGGUGUGGUUUGAGGUGGGUGGACCUUGGAGUAUGGAUAUGGAGGAGGAGGUCUUGCUAAAAGCAGCACAAAGUUGUGAUAAAUACACUACCAUUAAGGACUCUGUUAUACAUGGCUUCAUUAGGACUGAACAGUCUCCUUUAAUGACGCUGUUAUACAUGGUUUCAUUAGGACUGAACAGUCACCUUUAAUUAAUGACUUGUGGCUUGCGGAAGCAUUCACCCCCUUCGCAUUUUUCCUCUUUUGAUGCCUUACAACCUGUAAUUAAAAUAGAUUUUUUGGGGGGUUUGUAUCAUUUGAUUUACACAACAUGCCUACCACCUUGAAGAUGCAAAAUAUUUUUUAUUGUGAAACAAAGAAAUAAGACAAAAAAACUGAAAACUUGAGCGUGCAUAACUAUUCACCCCCCCCAAAGUCAAUACUU